AUGAGUAAUAAACUUAGCAGCAAGGAAGAGACUGUUGCGGAAAGCCAUAAAAAGGAAAACAAUAAAUCCAGUUCACUAUUUUACGGUAUCUCUAUCAGCAUGUUGAGACAAUUCUUCUUCAUUAUUCGGAUAUAUUUUGAAAAGUUGGUCGACUUGAUCUUUGGCUACCUAUAUGAGAGUCAGGCAAAGAAAAUACCUGAUUUAAAGAAGUCACAAAGUAUACUGUUGGAGAGUGCAGUGAGUUUGGCAUUGAAAAUUCAAACCAAACAAUUGAAGGCUGAAGACUUGAUGAGGACAACCAUUGAUAGGAUUAAAGAUGUGAAUCCCAUUCUAAAUGCAGUCACUGAUGAGAGGUUUGACGAUGCACUAAGAGAUGCUCAAGAAGUAGACCGUAUUAUUGAAAGCGGUGUACCUCAUGAAUACUUCCAAACGAAACCGUUCUUAGGUGUCCCCUUCACGGCUAAGGAGUCCCACGCCGUCAAGGGUAUGCUGCACACCCUGGGUGUAGCGUCAAGGAAACAUAUACGUGCAACUGAAGACGCUGAGUGUGUGCGAUUGUUGAGAGAAGCUGGUGCCAUCCCCGUGGCUGUCACUAAUGUACCAGAACUCAAUAAGUGGCAGGAGACCCGCAACAUGGUGUUCGGCCAGACCUGCAACCCACAUCACACAGGUCGUACGGCGGGUGGAUCUAGUGGAGGGGAGGCUGCUCUUCAGGCCGCUAUAGCUGUUCCCAUCUCGUUGUGUUCAGACAUUGGUGGUUCUACUCGCAUGCCAGCCUUCUACUGCGGACUGUACGCGCUCAACCCCACAGCUGGACAUACUAGCAUCAAAGGGUCUACUCUUCGCUCGGGAGAGGAUCCAACGAUGGCGUCAGUGGGCUUCGUGUCGCGGCACCACAGCGACCUCGCACCACUCACGAAGGUCGUGGCUGGGCAGAAAGCCCAAGACCUGGACCUCGAUAGAGUUGUAGACGUCAAAAAACUGCGGUACUUCUACGUGGAGUCAGCCAACGACCCUCGUAUCAGUCCAAUCUGCGAAGAGCUCAGAGAAGCCAUGAACAAAGUAAUAAAUAAGCUAACAGUUGACGCUACAUCUACAGAAUAUGUCCCCAAACCGUAUUACCACGAAGGUUUCAAUCACAUGUACUCCCUGUGGAGGUACUGGAUGACCAAGGAGACUGAUAACUUCGCCAAACUACUCACCAACAACGAGGGAGAGGCCAGGUUCAUCAAGGAAUUGCCCAAGAAGUUGCUUGGCCAGUCGAAUUACACCCUAGCAGCUAUAUUGAAGUUAGGGGAUGACCAAAUAUUACCACCAGUUGAUGCGGAGUGGGCCGAGAAACUGACCGCUGAACUGAGAGAAGAAUUGAUCAAUCUUCUAGGUUCCGAUGGAGUGUUAAUAUUCCCGAGCGCGCCUACUCCGGCCCCCUACCACUACUCCCCUCUACUGAAACCGUAUAACUUCGCCUAUUGGGGCAUAUUCAACGUGCUUAAGUUCCCAGCAGCACAGAUCCCGCUGGGCGUGUCUGGGGGCGGGCUGCCGCUGGGCGUGCAGGCGGCGGCGGCCCCGCGCGGGGACGCGCUGUGUGCCGCCGCCGCCGCGCGCCUCGGGCCCGCGCUCGGGGGCGCCGCGCCGCCCUGCGCGCUGCCCUAG